GGUGGCGGCAGCGGCGGCGGCGCGAAGGGGUUAACCCCGGCCGGGGAUCCCGGCGACCGCGCCUCUCCAGGAGCGCACUUGCUGUGGUGGCGCCGCAGCCACGGGAGGUGCAGCCGCAUGAAAUGAGGUGUGUGGAGCCAUUGAGAAGACGCAGCCAAGUGCAGAGGAGCGGAGCAGCUGCCUGGAGCUCCCAAACUCUGCCCCGUGGCCCUCCUGUGUGAGUGGCAUGCCGUACCCUUGGGCUGGCCCUGUGUCCUCUGGCCUGCUGCCCCACCCCCCCAGGAGGCCCUGACGCCCUGGGGCACUUCUGCUCUGCGCAGGACCACGUGGGGGUUUGCCAUGGUGACAUAAAGGGGCGCAGAGGAAGGAAGGAGCAAGACCAGCCUGCAGACUGUGCCCCCGGCAGGGAGGAAGGCCGGGGCAGACCCUCCACUCCCACUGCCCACUGAGGGCUUCGCUUCCUAAGCCUCUGUGAAUUUCUUGGUCAGUGGACAACUCUCGAGUCUCCUGUGUGGGGCCUUGGGGUGGUCAGGGCAGGCCGGGCCUCCGGUGGCUGAGGUCUUGGGGGCCAGGAUGCCUACCCUGGCGUGCCUCCGGAGGCUGUGUCGGCAUGUGUCCCCACAGGCUGUCCUGUUUCUGCUGUUCGUCUUCUGCCUGUUCAGUGUUUUCGUCUCGGCCUACUACCUGUAUGGCUGGAAGCGGGGCCUGGAGCCCUCGGUGGAUGCCCCUGAGUCUGACUGUGGGGACCCGCCACCUGUGGCCCCCAGCCGCCUGCUGCCGCUGAAGCCUGUGCAGGUGGUUACCCCCUCCCGCACAGACCCGCUGGUCCUGGUGUUUGUGGAGAGCCUCUACUCGCAGCUGGGCCAGGAGGUAGUGGCUAUCCUGGAGUCCAGCCGCUUCAAGUACCGCACAGAGAUCGCACCCGGCAAGGGGGACAUGCCCACACUCACUGACAAGGGCCGUGGCCGCUUUGCCCUCAUCAUCUACGAGAACAUCCUCAAGUAUGUCAACCUGGAUGCCUGGAACCGUGAGCUGCUGGACAAGUACUGUGUGGCCUACGGUGUGGGCAUCAUUGGCUUCUUUAAGGCCAACGAGAACAGUCUGCUGAGUGCGCAACUCAAGGGCUUCCCGCUGUUCCUGCACUCAAACCUGGGCCUGAAGGACUGCAGCAUCAACCCCAAGUCCCCGCUGCUCUAUGUGACGCGGCCCAGUGAGGUGGAGAAGGGCGUGCUGCCCGGCGAGGACUGGACUGUGUUCCAGUCGAACCACUCCACCUAUGAGCCGGUGCUGCUGGCCAAGACGCGCUCGUCUGAGUCCAUCCCACACCUGGGCGCCGAUGCCAGCCUACAUGCCGCACUGCACGCCACUGUGGUGCAGGACCUGGGCCUCCAUGACGGCAUCCAGCGAGUGCUGUUUGGCAACAACCUCAACUUCUGGCUGCACAAGCUUGUCUUUGUGGAUUCUGUGGCCUUCCUCACGGGGAAGCGCUUGUCAUUGCCUUUGGACCGCUAUAUCUUGGUGGACAUCGAUGACAUCUUUGUGGGCAAAGAGGGGACACGCAUGAAGGUGGAGGACGUGAAGGCGCUGUUUGACACACAAAACGAGCUACGCACACACAUCCCAAACUUCACCUUCAACCUGGGCUACUCAGGGAAAUUCUUCCACACAGGUACAGAUGCCGAAGAUGCUGGGGAUGACCUGUUGCUGUCAUAUGUGAAGGAGUUCUGGUGGUUCCCCCACAUGUGGAGCCACAUGCAGCCCCACCUUUUCCACAACCAGUCUGUGCUGGCUGAGCAGAUGGCUCUGAACAAGAAGUUCGCUGUCGAGCAUGGCAUCCCCACGGACAUGGGGUACGCCGUGGCCCCCCACCACUCGGGCGUAUACCCCGUGCAUGUGCAGCUGUACGAGGCGUGGAAGCAGGUGUGGAGCAUCCGCGUGACCAGCACGGAGGAGUACCCACACCUGAAGCCGGCCCGCUACCGCCGCGGCUUCAUCCACAACGGCAUCAUGGUCCUCCCGAGGCAGACAUGUGGCCUCUUCACACAUACCAUCUUCUACAACGAGUACCCUGGCGGCUCCAGUGAGCUGGACAAGAUCAUCAACGGAGGCGAGCUCUUCCUCACUGUGCUUCUCAACCCCAUCAGCAUCUUUAUGACGCACCUGUCCAACUAUGGGAAUGACCGCCUGGGUCUGUACACCUUUAAGCACCUGGUGCGCUUCCUGCACUCCUGGACCAACCUGCGGCUCCAGACGCUGCCUCCAGUGCAACUGGCCCAGAAAUACUUCCAGAUCUUUUCUGAGGAGAAGGACCCCCUCUGGCAGGACCCCUGUGAGGACAAACGCCACAAAGACAUCUGGUCCAAGGAGAAGACAUGUGACCGCUUCCCAAAGCUCCUCAUCAUUGGCCCUCAGAAAACAGGCACCACGGCCCUCUACUUAUUCCUGGGAAUGCAUCCGGACCUAAGCAGCAACUACCCCAGCUCAGAGACCUUUGAGGAGAUCCAGUUUUUUAACGGCCACAACUAUCACAAAGGCAUCGACUGGUACAUGGAGUUCUUCCCCAUCCCCUCCAACACCACCUCUGACUUCUACUUUGAGAAGAGCGCCAACUACUUUGAUUCUGAAGUGGCGCCCCGGCGGGCAGCUGCCCUGUUGCCCAAGGCCAAGAUUCUCACCAUCCUCAUUAACCCCGCGGACCGGGCCUAUUCUUGGUACCAGCACCAGCGUGCCCACGAUGACCCCGUGGCCCUGAAGUACACCUUCCAUGAGGUGAUCACAGCUGGACCUGAUGCAUCCUCGAAGCUGCAUGCCCUCCAGAGCCGUUGCCUGGUCCCUGGCUGGUAUGCUGCCCACAUCGAGCGCUGGCUCAGUGCCUUCCACGCCAACCAGAUUCUGGUCUUGGACGGCAAACUGCUGCGAACAGAACCUGCCAAAGUGAUGGACACAGUGCAGAAAUUCCUGGGGGUGACCAACACCAUCGACUACCACAAAACCUUGGCGUUUGAUCCAAAGAAAGGAUUUUGGUGCCAGCUGCUUGAAGGAGGAAAAACCAAGUGUCUGGGCAAAAGCAAGGGCCGGAAAUACCCAGAGAUGGACCUGGACUCCCGAGCCUUCCUGAAGGACUACUACCGGGACCACAAUGUUGAGCUUUCCAAGCUGCUGUACAAGAUGGGCCAGACGUUGCCUACCUGGCUGCGGGAGGACCUCCAGAACACCAGGUAGCCAUGGCCACCACUGCCAGACUGAACUCUUGUGACAGCAGGGAUGUCCCGCCAUGUGCUGAGCCAGACUGACCUGCGGAGAGGGAGUGGGCCGGGCUGGCCAGGCACUUACGAGCAAUACUCUGCUGAGGCCCAUGCAGGGCCGGAAGAAGUGAGGCAGGUCCACAAGCGCCUCAGAGCCUCCACUGCUGGGUCUGUGGCCUACUGGAUCUCCCCAGCACCAGAGGUCCACUCCGUUCACAGCCUCCCGGGCAAAGGCCACUUCCUGUUGGUGGAAGGCCACUUCUUGGUGGGAGGGAGUCCACGAGACUCUUUCCUGUCCCUCACUGUGUUCUACCAACCACACCCUCUUUUUCAUCCCCUUCCCUGCUCUAGCAGGGUAUCCCCUCAGUAUUAGCUGCCAUAUUUUCCCUGUCCUCCAGACAGUAAGGGAGAAGAGCCCAGCUGGGUCUUUUGCCAAACCAGGGAGAAAGACUGGACAUUUCCCUGAGUGUUUUGAGCCAAGGCCUUCACAGGAGUCAGCUGGGUGCCAGGGGUGGUCCUUAGGUGGACAUGAGGGUGGCCACCUUGAGAGAACGCUGCACCUCCAUGUUUGGUUUAAUACCUUCCCAUCUCACCUUCCCUUUUGGGGAAAGAAUCUCUGGUCCCAAGUUUCUACCCAGUCCUCAAGGCCUCUUCCAAGGCCAGGGGCACUGCCAUGCCAUUUGGGUGCAGAGACUCAGGCCUUGGUCUCACCCCGGUCCUUCCCUGGGGUGUGACAUGUGUGGUGUUUCCUGUGGUAAAGGGCUGAGGUGGGUCAGGAAUCUGUAGUACAUAUGUCCCAUGUGCAUCCAUCACCCUACCCACCGCCUCGGCGGCAGACACGCAGAGCUGCUGAGACUGCCACCUGCUGCUCGGCCCACCGGACCUGCGGCCGAAGGUUCCCAGAGACCCCUUAACCUCUCAAAUACUAAGAAGCUAAAGUAUUUUAAUAUUUUUUUUUUCUUGGUGCCAGAGUUCAUACCCUGGGUGCUGGGGUCGCACUGUGUUACAUAUAUAUAUAUAUAUAUAUAAUGUGUAUAUAUAUAUAUUCUAUUUUUUUGGUUGGGUUUGUUUUUAAUUCAGUCUUAUACAAUGGUGGUAAGCCCCAGGAUCAAGGACGUCAUAUCUUAGUGCUAGAGAAUGAGCUCUGAGGGAAGGAGGCUAUGUCUUCCAUGUUUCUGGGCCUCGUGGAGACAGCAUGGGUGUGCCCAGGGAGAGAGGUCUCUGUUCCCUCUCCCAAGUGCCACAGCUGUCUGGGGCCACCCCAGGGAAACAGGCAGUGACACAUACAGGGAAGACCAGCCCUCUCCAAGAAGUCUGGCUUCAUGGGGCCCAGUGGCCCUGGGGGAAUUUGGGCCAAAGGAAGUAGCUGGGGCUAGGGUGGAGGAGCUGGUCCAGCUGGCCUGUCCCUCUCCCCUCACAUGGUGCUAGGUUGGGGGCUGCCCUGGGAGUGGGGUGCCCCUGGGACCCACAGAGCUGUCUCCAGACCUUUGCAGACUUGGGACCUCUCAACUAGUUUCUGCUUGGUUUUUGCUCCUGCCCUCUUUUAACAAUGUGAAGUGUCUGAGGCUGGGGUGCCUCCCAGCCCCCCUCAACUGCCAAUUCAGCUUCCACCUGACACCCGGGAAAUUCUUUUGGAGAGCCUAUCUUGUUCCGGAGACUCUGGCAUCUUGGGUUGGAUGAUCCUUCAACAGGUACAAAGCAGGUCCAGCGGGGAGGGCCCUGCUUGGCCUAGGUCACCUCUGGUGAGCAGCAGGGCUGAGAGUUGAACUCAGGGCCUCCGAUUCUGAGUCCAGUGCUCUUCUUCCAAUACCACACUGCCUCAGCCCGCUGUGGGACCCUACUGUGCCCGGUCACAGCUGUGGCCAUUCCAGGACAUGGGGACAAACCACCCCAAACAGCCAGGUGCCUUUGAGCCUUCUCAUUCUCAGCGUGCGUUUGCUUCUCUGGUCCUCCCCGAGGUGCGACGACUUCCCCAGCCUGUGCUCUCAGCUGGUUCCCUCUUCUCAAGUUCCCCACUGGGCUGAAGAAGGAGGUGGAUGCUCAGUGGGACCAGUGUUGCAGUGUGUAGCGAGGGCAGUUUCCCCUGGGGCCUUCAAGCCUGUGAGUCCUGGCUGAUGGCCUAGCAGGAAUGGAAGGCAUAGUGCCUGAGGACAGGGCCACUUCCUGUCCUUCACUGCUCACAGGGGCAGCUGCAAGCUGGAGCCCAGCUCCCAGAGUGAGCAGGACUCUGUGGUGCAAGCUCUGAGCCUCCCUGCCUGCCUGCCAGUGGGGACAGUUUCCUGUGAUCAGAAAGCUGGCAGCUCCCUUCCCUCUGCCCCCAGGCUCAGGUGGGCACAGGCAGGGUGGGGACCCCCCUAAUAGCCGAGGAGAGAGUCUAGAUUUGGACCUAGUUUCCUCUGGGGGUCUCGGGACUCAACCUGCUGCCUGUUCUGUCCGUGGAGUCACUGCUGCUCUCUCCUUUCCCACUUUUCUCCUGGGCCUAGACACAGCCAGGACUUGCAGCAUGGGGGUGAGAAGCGGGGGCUCUGCUGUCCUUGGGCUCACAUAGGAAACCAAAGCGCACAGGGCGGCACUGUCAGUCUUCCUUGUCCACUGAAUCCAUCAGCAUUUGGCCAAAAAGAAAGAAAGGGCUUACCUUGUGUGGGUGACUCCACCUCCACUCUGCGUCCCCUGUACCCUUUUCUGCCCCAGGGUGGAUGCCGGGCUGGGCAGAGCCACCUGCAGCUGCCUCAGUUACUCAGGAUCAGUCUGAUCUAAAGCGGGAUGUUUUCUGAGCCCUUGCAUUGGGACAGCCAGUGUUUCCGGGUCCCACAGAGGAGGGGCCACUAAUUUCCAGCAAGGCACACUCCUGCCUGGACCUGCAGAGAUUGGUAGCCCCAACAGUAGUGUUGGUGGGAAGAGCAGCUCCAAAAAUCUCUUACCAGGCAUUUGAUUACAAAUGCCCACUGCCCAGCAUCCAGAUGGAAAGUUACCAGGAUUCUGCCACAUUUGUAUUUUUCUCUAUGUGUGAAUGUUUUUCAAGUUUAAAAGUAAAUUGCAGACAUCUUGAGACUUGCCCUUAGAUACUUCUGCCCUCCUCCCCUAAGAGGUGGGGCCUGAGCCACAGCUGAGACAAACGACAGGGGUUUCCUGGCAGCAUCUCCUGCUCCCCAAUAACUCGCCUGGGUUUGCAAUUGGAUUCAACCAAGGUGCACACUUUGCAUUUUGUAACUGUCUUUUAAAAAUCUCUGAAUGGUAAAAACUCUUCUCUCUGCCCAUCUGAUUUAAAAAAGACAAUGCUUGUGAGGCCGGCAGGCCUGCUGUACUUAGACAUCUCACAUUCCAAAUGUCUGUUUCCUCCUGGGGGCAUUAUCAUUUGACCAGUUUCUUAAUCCCUGUAUUCUCAAAGGUGAUUUUGCUGAUCACACAUAUGAGGCAGUUCCUUCCCUCCUGUGUGGCACCUCCACUGUCACCUGUAGGAAGUGCCAAACCAGCAGAGGUCCUGGGUGGGAGCUGCAGGAGCUCAGGGGAGGGGACAGGGAGAGGCAGUAUCACUCUGGGCCUGGGUGGAAAGGAGGAGGAUGCAGAAGAGGGCAGGCAGAGGGUGGGGGACUGGCAGAGGGUUGGGCACUGGGUCUGUCGGGAGGAGACAUCUCUGGCUCGGGAGCCUGGCUGCCCUCUGACCCUGGGCACAGGCUGCAGGGUGUGGGACCCAGCAUACCCCACCGUCUCUGUUUUGUGGUCCUGGGGUUUCCUUUUCGUGGAGGCCUGUGGUCUGUGUGCACUGAAGCAGAGCCGGGUCUCUGGCUUGUGUCACGAAGGGCCUGGAUGGGGAAGUACCUCCCCCAGCUAUGGUGUCAGGAGAAGAGCACUGGGCCAGAGGCAGGAACUGUGAAUUUUUGUCCCACCUGGGUACAUUUGGUGGCUGCGUGACAGUCUUCCUCCCAGGGCCUCAGUUUCCCCACUUGUAGAAUGAGUGGGCGGGGUCUAGAGCAGGGGUUUGAAAAUGUCCAGGUAGGAAGUAGCUUGCUCUAUUGAAGUGAAGAUGGGGGUCCCGGCUCACCCCCAGGCCUUUUUCCUGGUGAUGCUGUGUUCCCACUUGGCCAGCUCUGGGCUGGACACCUCACCAGCCCAGAGGGGCCGGCGGUUUUUAGCUCCCUUGGGAGACAGGUGUGGGCUUUGUGUGCAGCCAUGCCAAGGGCGAGAAGGAGACUUCAGCUGAGUUUCGAUCCAAGAACUUCAUCCCUUUUGCUACCCCUCCUCUCCGGAGGAGGAGGAAGGUGGAGAAGGCCUCCGAUGGCUGAGCUAGCUUUUCUUGCUGGCAAGAGGGCUCCUUUUGUAACUUGUGCAUGAAAUUCAUGUGGCUUCCUGGGGAGAGGAGAGGGCUGACCAGAUGGGUGGGGUACAGGGGAGUAGGAGGAGCUCCUUCCCUGGUGGGGUGAGGCUGAGGAGGGGGUGCCACCCGGCUCACCUGACAGCUCUUGAACCAGCCCUUUCGGGCUGUGUUAAAAGUGGGAACCUUCCUCCAUUAAUGUACAAUCUUGAACUAACUGCUAAUAAAGUGGGGUUCUGUUUGUA